UCACAGAAAUUUUCACAACCCAUUCCACUAAAGAACAAAGUUUCAAUGUACAGUGUUUGGUUUGCUGUAGCCUGUUUCUGUGUAGGCUUGUUCCUAUCUAAGCUAAUUUAACACAAUGUGGCAAGCCAAUUUUCUUAUCAUAGUGUAUGCAACUCUGGGUUCAUUUUGCUUAGAGAUAGUUCCAAAAACAAAUACUACCUCUGAAAUGUCUAAUGUAGCCAGGCAUUUUGGGAGGUUAGUUAUUGGGAGUGGUACAAAGCUGAUCUCAAAUAAAAAUAAGGAAAGUAAUAGCAAAAAUCCACAAGCUGUGCAUGAGGAUACUGAAGGGUACCAGUAUGAUCAACCUGCUUCAACAGCAUGGCAUGAGGUGGUGGAGUCAAAGCUGAGGCGACUGAAUCCCGCUGUGUAUUGUGGUGGUGAUGCCAUGACCCUGCAUGUUCAAGGAAGUAUUAUGCCCAACUUCAUGAUUGAUGGAGGUGAUGGUCCAAUCCCACUGACUCGGAUACCUGCCAACUGUGGACUCUCAGUGACUCAAGGUCCCACAGAUGCUGUCUUUACUGUACAUUAUCAGGGCUGUCAUGUUACCCAACAGGGAGAUGGUCAUGUUCUGCCACUGCGCCUGUGGGGAAUACCCAUGAAAAUGUCUUGUCCUUUGGCUCCAUAUGCUCUCCUUACUGUCUCUUGCCUUGUAUCUGGUAUGGUGACUAAGAUAGGCUGCAAGUCUGCAGAUGUUCUUAAACUAAAAGUGAAUGGCAAAUGGGACCCCUUUAUACCAGCGAGCAGCACAUGUGGAUUCACUACAGAAUCUGAGACUGAUGGAGUGCUGGUCACUGCACCAUACCAAAGCAGCUGCUGGCAAAUUAAGGAUGGUAAAAGGUUUCUGUCCAUACUGUAUGGCAAUGAGGAAUUUACCCUUUCCUGCCCUGAUUCCCAGGACCCUCAGCCCUAUGGUCAUGUUGGAAUUGUGUCUUACCAGAGACAUGAGCCUAGUGUAACCCCUCCUACAGAUACUAUAACAACCACACACAUUGGAACUGCUACAACAGGCCUUGCCAGUAAUCCAGAACAGCCUAUGUCUUAUCCUUCUCGUCAUAUGUAUUAUGGAUAUGCUUGGGCAAUCCCUGCAAGAACUAGCACUGCCCCAUCAGUCACUUCUAGCCCUGCUACAAAUGCCCCAGCUACUGUCUCUACCAGUAAAAGUAUAGAUAUGAUGUAUCCUUUCCCUCAGAUGUAUUUGCCAUUCAGUCCCAUGUCAUAUAAGCCCAUGCUUCAUGGACAUCCUUGGGCUUUUCCCGCAAAAGCACCCACUACUGCCCCAACUACAACUGUUCCAACCACUAAAACUCCAACAACUUCCACAAAACCCACUAUCGUGGCCAGUAACCCCCAACAGUCUGUGCAUUCUUUCAAUCAGAUGUAUUAUCCAUAUGGCCCCAUGCCAUACCAUCAUAAACCUAUGCGUCAUGGAUAUCCUUGGGCUUUUCCUGCAAAAGCAUCUACUACUGCCCCAACUACAAUUGCUCCAACCACUAAAACUGCAUCAACACCCAGUAUUGUGGCCAGUAACCCCCAACAGUCUGUGCAUUCUUUCAAUCAGAUGUAUUAUCCAUAUGGCCCCAUGCCGUACCAUCAUAAACCUAUGCCUCAUGGAUAUCCUUGGGCUUUUCCUGCAAAAGCACCCACUACUGCUCCAUCUACAAUUGUUCCAACCACUAAAACUGCAACAACUUCCCAAAAAACUGCCUCAACACCCACUAUCAUAGCCAGUAACCCCCAACAGUCUGUGCAUUCUUUCAAUCAUAUGUAUUAUCCACAUGUCCCCAUGCCGUACCACAAUAAACCCAUGACUUAUGGCUAUCAUUGGGCUUUUCCUGCAAAAGCACCUACUACUGCGCCAACCACUAAAACAGCAACAACUUCCCAAACAACUGCCAGAACCUUGGCCAUUGUUGCCAGUGACCCUCAGCAGUUGUAUUAUCCAUUUGGCCCCAUGCAUUGCCAUCAUAGGCCCUCACAUUAUCUUGGCUAUCCUUUAGCAUUUCCUGUAAAAGCCUCCACUACUGCUCCAAAGAAUCCUGCUCUGACAACUAAAACUACAUUUGCUCUAACUACUAAAACUGCAACAACUGCCACAACACCAACUAUCUUGGCCAGUAACUUUCAACAGUCUGCAUAUCCUUCAAGACAGAUGCCCCAUCCAUUUGGCUCUAUGCCAUACCGUCAUAUGCCCAUGCCUUAUGGCGAUUCUUUGGCUUUUCCUGCAAAAGCACCCAGUACUGCUCCAACAGCUGAACCUGCAACAGCUGCUGCAACACCCACUAUCAUAGCCAGUAACCCUCAACAGUUUGUGUAUCCUUUCAAUCGGAUGUAUUCUAUGUUGAGCCCCAUGCAUUACCAGUAUAAACCUACGCAUCUCGGAUAUCCUUGGGCUUUUCCAGCAACUAUACCAAAAACUACUUCAACAACUGCUCCAACUACAUCUUCCCCUCAAAUGUAUUAUCCUUUUGUGCCCAUGCAUUUUACAAAAAAUCUGGCACCCUGGAUGUACUAUUAUAACCACAAUCAGCUUCAGAAAGGCCUAGAAUUUUUACCCACAACCUCAACUCCUCCUGUUGCUAUUAAGCACAAAAUGAGCCACGUCAGGUCUUUAUCAGAGUUUAACUUUAAGCAGUAGUUUCAUUUUUACCAGUGAUCUGCCAGGUUUAUAAAAUUACCUUAAUACAACUACACCAGCCACUGUUCAUUAUCCCAUGUACUAUAUCAAAUGUCUGCUAUUUAAGUUGGAUCACUGUGUAGCCUGUACACCUUUAAACUGCUGUUCAUAUCAGCAUACUGUCCACCUUGAAUGGUGGUUUGAAUCUUGGUGGGUUUUUUUUUUUUAUUUCAAUAAAUUAAGCAAGUUGAUUUUG